AUGACAAUCAAAGGCGUACCGCUGCAGUCCAACCAGGAAGAGAACGCCUCUCAACCCGAACCUCCUGCUCAGAAACAAGAUACAGAUAGCGCCCUUGCCACACCCCGACCACCCUCUCUCGCAGAUUCCGUUUCGACACUCGGCGCAAAACGAUCCGCGUCUACCUCCAUCCUCUCAAAUCAGACCCUUGCCGCUCAAACAAAAGUCGCUAUCCCUCGCCAGCGGGCGGGGAUUGCGCAGCGCUAUAAUCGGAGAGUGCCCCGCGCAUGUGAAUCUUGCAGAGGUCGGAAGACAAAAUGCAGUGGCGAUACCCCUGUUUGCCGCCAAUGUCGGGAGCUCAGGGCGACGUGCAUUUACCCGCAAGGUUGGAGGGAAAAGACAAAAAAACAAGUUGAAAAGCUUUCAGAGAAAGCGACAGAAUAUGAAAUAAUGCUUAAGGAGUUAGGGAACACUGUGGAGUCUCGUGCUGCGGAGCGGAUCAGGAGCUUGCUGGACAAGCACGGCCUGGAGACGGAAGAUUCUUCCAACCAAUCCAACUCGGUAACUCCUCAGGAUGAUAAUCCAGAGCACGAUGUGCCAUCAUCGCCCUCGUCUAUCGGGUCACUGGAGGCGAUCGACCGAGUUGAAGAGGAUCUCAAUCGAUCCGAACAUACGAGAGCAACCGGCUAUAUGGGAAAGAACUCAGAAGUCACUUGGAUGCAGCGACUGCAGAGGGAAGCAGAUCAACGUGCGCAGGGCCUUCCAGGCAGCUUGGAGCCUGGCCAGGAUCGCACCACUGAUAAUGCAUUGUCUCUCCACGCGGUCAAUUAUCACCUUGAUGAUUUGGACAUCUCGGUGCCUGGACCAGUUCAACUUUAUGCUAUGCCUCCUCGAGAGCAAGCAGAUCAUAUGUUUGAAGCAUAUUUGACCACUGUGCACCCGUUCUACCCCAUUAUAAACAGGCCUCUGUUCGCGGCGCAAUUCCGAACAUUCUUUGAUAGUGCUGCAAGACCCGGUGACAAGUGGCUUGCAAUUUUGAAUAUGAUCUUCGCAAUUGGUGCCAAGCACGGGCAUCUGACCGACGCACCGUGGCGCGGCGAUGAGAAAGAUCAUUUGGUCUAUCUGACCAGAGCACGGAUUUUGAGUAUGAACGGUGAUGUUUUGUUCAGCCAUCCUGAUCUCCAGCAAGUCCAAGUAGAGGGCUUGAUUGCCUUCUACCUCCUAGCCUCCGAUCAGAUCAAUCGGGCAUGGAGAAUCUCAGCGCUAGCCGUACGUUCGGCAAUCACCCUCGGAAUAAACAUGAAAAGCAGCGCACCAACCACACCGGAUCUCUCAAAGGAGGCCCGCUACCGAGUCUGGUGGUGCUUGUAUACAUUCGAACAUAUGCUCGGAAUAAUGACUGGUCGAGCAACUUGUAUUCAAGAUGGUGUCUGCACUUCGCCCUUCCCGAUUCCGUUCGAAGAGGAUCAACUGCACCAACCAGGUGCCCUUGAAGUCCUGACAGAUUCCACCCUACGAGACGAACGGAUCAACAACGUAGUAGCCAGUGCUUGUAUCAGACAGAUGCCUCUCAAUCCAGCAAAUGGAACGCUGGCUGCCCAUCACACAAAAGCCCGAGACACCGCAUGGAUUAAGAGCUUACCAAUCAACUACGGACUCUGUUACCUGUACUACUGCGACCUCUCAGUGGUCGUGCAGGAAAUUGUCAACAAAGUCUAUUCAGUAGACUGCGUGAUGGUGCCUUGGGCACACAUUGAGAACCGAAUUGGUGAACUCAGGUCUCGGACCGAGAUGUGGGCAGCCAGUCUCCCCGAAGCGCUCGAUUUCACCCGCACACAUGAAAAUGGACCCGAUGUGCUCCGGUGUAAGCUGACUCUGGCAUUACAUUACUACAGUGCGCGCAUCACCCUAGGUCGCCCCUGUCUCUGCCGACGCGACGCACGCCGAAAAGGCCCCACCGCAUCAUUCAGCCAUGACAUGGCUGUGAUCACAUUGGAGUCUGCUUGUCGCAUGCUCGAUCUGAUCCCCGAUGAGCCGAAUGCAAUUCAACUAUAUUCAAUCGCGCCCUGGUGGUGCGUUCUCCACUAUCUCAUGCAGGCGGCGACCGUUCUACUCCUGGAGUUAUCAUUCGGCACAGUGCACAUGCCAGAAGAGGAAAAGAAUUUCAUUGCGCUUUCUAAGAAAGCCACCCGCUGGCUCUUCGCAAUGUCCGAGCAGAGCAUCGCCUCAAGACGUGCCUGGCAACUCUGUGAUCUGAGCCUCCGCAAACUAGCCAAGGGCAUGAAAUACGAUGUCAGCGAUAUGCCCGAAUAUCCCUACCACCCAGAGCCGACAACCACAAUCGGCUCGGAGUCCGGUGAUGGCCCUGUGGCUCAUACAGUUGAUGACUAUUGGGGUCCUCAGCUAGAGCAUCUUCCUGUAUCUGUUCCGGUGCAACCUCCUCCCGGCGAAGAUCAUUACACCUACCCGACCAUCUCUACUACAGACCUGAUGUCUACUUUGACGGCUGAAGCUCAGGAUUCAUAUUUCCCUUAUGAUCCCAUCAGUGGGGAAUUUAUGCGAUCUUUCUUCCCUCAGAACAAUGAGAAUGACAACUGA